UGGGAGCGAAGCGAAUCUAGACCGAAGGACGAUAUUUCAAGUUGCCGAACGCUAUCGCAGCAGUUAUUCGACCUCGGCCGAGGGAAGGCUGUUUUUCUCUCUGCGAGCGAACGUUUCAACCGGCGCGUCGAGUCCCGUUUCCACUCGCGAGCGACAUCAUGAAGCUGAACGUCGCGUUGACGGGCGUAGCUCUUUGCCUGAGCCACGCGUCGGCGCUGACCAGUAUCGCCGAGCAAGCCGCCGCAUCGGCGAGACAAUCGCACAAAGGCAGCUCCUACGUCUCAUCGAACGCGACGACGCUGUUAGUCGCCGAAUCUCAACAGAUAAGCCUGAUCACUCUUGAACCUCCGACUCGUCGACUGGUCAAUCGCACGCCGUACCUCGGUGGUAUAGAUUACCAUGCGCGACGGCAGCGCGUCUACUGGAGCGAGAUGGCGACCGGCCGCGUGAACACGGGAAACCUGACCGGCGUUCAGGGCUCCUCCAACCAAUCCGUCGUCGAGUUGAGUCCAAAAGUGUGGCGACCAAGGCGCAUCGUCAUCGACCCGACGACCGACAACAUGUACGUGCUGGACUCGCGAGGGAAGACGAUCCACGUUGUGGACUUGACGAGGAGGUGGAGGACCGUGAUCAGCGAGGGCGAGCUGAAGGCGCCGACCGACAUCGCGAUCGACCCCGAGCAAGCUGUGAUGUUCGUCGCCGAUCGGACGAGGAUACUCAAGUCGAACAUGGACGGCAGCGGCUCGACGGUCAUAGUCAUCGGCAAGCGUUACCAGAUAAGAGCCUUGGCGCUGGACACGGCCAGCAAGCGGAUCUUCUGGUCGGACGUGAGCUACCACCGCAUCAAGAGCGCCAACUACAACGGCAUGAACGUGCGGGUGCUGGUGAAGAACGAGAUCGGCCACGCGUACAGCGUGCUGGGGCCGGCGCAGCUGGCCUACUGCCACGGCACGCUCUACUUCUACGACGACGUUUACCGUAAGAUCUCGGCGGUGCAGGUGGAGCGCGGGGUGCGCAAGAGCGACCACCUGACGCUGGUCUACCGCCAGCUGAGCGUCAAGUCGCUGAGGGUGCUGAACUGCGACGACGGAGCGAUAGCGAAGGCGCGGAAUCCGUGCGACGGCGCCAAGUGCGAGCAGAUGUGCUUGACCGCGAGGAAGGUCGGCGACGGAGUCACGAGCGUAUGUGCCUGCGACGUCGGCACGACGAUUGCCGAAGACGGCACGAGCUGCUUGUAGCUGCGCGCGUCACGGCCUCCCCGCUUUUACAUGUUUCGAUCGACGCCUCUCUCGUUGUCGCUUACUUCGC